GUGCUGAAACUCCACUCUUGGCUGUGCUUGGUAACACGCAGCUGUCUUCUUGUUUGGUGCCCACCACUCUUCUUGGCUAUGUACUGUAAUGGAAUGACCUUACUAAUUAUGCAAUUUAAAGCAAAACCAAUGCGGCUGAAUAAAAAAUUGGGUACAUUUUAAAUGUGGCUUCAUUUGGAAACCUAACCUGCAUUUUGUCUAGGAAAUCAUGAAUUUCUCAAUCAAGACGCAGGGUGGCGCUGCAGGCUAAGAUUGUGAAUAAAGAGCCCUAAAUUCACGUUCUGGAAUCUUUUGUGUUGUCAGGCAGAAUGUAAAACACAGGCAGGAGUGUUGCAAGCAUAACUGCUGUGAAGGGGUGUAAGACAAGAUCUAUGAACUGAAUGUCAGGUUAAAAGCAACUUCGUUAAAAUUCCUUGAAUCAAGAAAUUAGGAUUCAAUAUUUCAAGGCAUUUGGACAUCGCUGAAGGAAUUGAGUGUAAACACACAAGCCAACAUGGAGAAGGUGGAGCGAGUUCAUCGGAACAGGCAAGUGACUCUGUUUAUUUUUAUGGGGUGUUUGCCUCAGGUUCUUGCUGAGCAUACUCGUUACACUAUACUGGAGGAAACAGAGAGUGGCUCCUUUGUAGCCCAUUUGAUUAAAGAUUUAGGUUUGAGAACUGGGGAACUGGCCAGCCGGUCUGCCAGGGUGGCGUCUGACGAUUACAAGCAGCGAUUGGUGCUGGAUACCCAAACUGGAGAUUUGCUUCUGAAGGAGAAAAUAGACCGGGAAGAGCUGUGUGGCAACAUUGAACGCUGUGUACUGCAUUUCCAGGUGUCCCUCGAAAAGCCAGUAGAAUUUAUUCAAGGAGAAUUAUUGAUUCAGGACAUAAAUGACCAUUCUCCAGAGUUCCCAGAUAAAGAGGUUCUCUUGAAAAUACCUGAGAACAGCCAGCCAGGUACUAUCUUUCCUUUGAAAUUAGCACAGGAUUUGGAUGUGGGCAGCAAUGGGAUUCAGAAGUACAUGGUCAGCCCCAAUUCUCAUUUUCAUGUCCUCACCCGAAAUCACAGUACAGGCAAGAAAUACCCGGAUCUGGUACAGGACAAAGAGCUGGACAGAGAGGAGCAGGCUGAGCUCAGCUUAACCCUCCUGGCUGUGGAUGGAGGUGACCCACCUAGGUCUGGUACAGUCAUGAUUCGAAUCCUCAUCAUGGACAUCAACGACAAUGCUCCAGAGUUUGUGCAUAGCCCAUAUGAGACACAGGUCCUGGAGAACAGCCCUCCAAGUUCCCCAGUCCUCAGAGUCUUGGCUAGGGAUGCAGAUGCUGGACACUACGGGAAUGUUUCCUAUAGCUUGUUCCAAGCAUCAGAUGAAAUCCAGCAAACAUUCUCAAUAAAUGAAGUCACGGGAGAAAUCAGACUGAAGAAGAAAUUGGAUUUUGAAAAAAUUAAAUCUUACCACUUGGAAAUCGAGGCCACUGAUGGAGGAGGUCUUUCUGGGAAAGGCACUGUAGAGAUAGAGGUGGUGGAUGAGAACGACAACACCCCAGAACUGAUCAUGUCCUCACUGACCAGCUCUGUCCCAGAAAAUGCCCCUGAAACUCUAAUAUCUGUGUUCAGAGUUGGAGAUAGAGAUUCUGGAGACAAUGGAAAGGUGAUUUGCUCUAUUUCAGAUGAUCUACCAUUUACAGUAAAAUCAACAUUCAAGAAUUUCUACACUCUGGUGACAGAUGGACCACUGGACAGAGAGAGCAGAGACGAGUACAACAUCACCAUCACCGUCUCAGACAUGGGCACACCCAGGCUGAAAACGGAGCACAACAUAAUAGUGCAGGUGUCCGACGUGAACGACAACGCCCCAGCCUUCAGCCAAACCUCCUACACCCUGUUGGUCCCAGAGAACAACAGCCCCGGCCUGCACAUAGGCACAGUGAGCGCCACAGACACAGACUCAGGCACCAAUGCCCAGAUCACCUACUCGCUGCUGCCGCCCCAGGAAGGCGACCAAGACCCGCAGCUGGCCCUCGCCUCGCUGCUGUCCAUCCACGCGGACAGCGGGCAGCUGUUCGCCCUGCGCGCGCUGGACUACGAGGCGCUGCGGGCCUUCGAGUUCCGCGUGGGCGCCGCCGACCGAGGCUCGCCCGCGCUCAGCAGCCAGGCGCUGGUGCGCGUGCUGGUGCUGGACGCCAACGACCACGCGCCCUUCGUGCUCUACCCGCCGCACAACGCGUCGACGCCCUGCACCGAGCUGCUGCCCAGGGCGGCCGAGCCCGGCUACCUGCUCACCAAGGUGGUGGCGGUGGACGGCGACUCGGGCCGCAACGCCUGGCUGUCCUUCCAGCUGCUGCAGGCCAGCGAGCCCGGGCUGUUCAGCGUGUGGGCGCACAAUGGCGAGGUGCGCACCGCCAGGCUGCUGAGCGAGCGCGACGCGCCCAGGCACAGGCUGCUCGUGCUGGUCCAGGACAAUGGCGAGCCGCCGCUGUCGGCCAGCGUCACGCUGCACGUGCUGCUGGUGGACGGCUUCUCGCAGCCCUACCUGCCCGUGGCCGAGGGCGCGCGCGACCCGGCGCCGCCCGACGCGCUCACUGUCUACCUGGUCAUCGCCCUGGCGUCCGUGUCCUCGCUCUUCCUCUUCUCUGUGCUCGUGUUGGUGGCGGUCAGGCUGUGCAGGAGGAGCGGGGCGUCCUCGCUGGCUGGCUGCUCUCUGCCUGAGGGCCACUUUCCUGGAUACCUGGUGGAUGUCAGCGGGGCGGGGACCCUGUCCCACACCUACCAGUAUGAGGUGUGCCUGACUGGAGGCUCUGGAAGUGGUGAGUUCAAGUUCCUCAAACCCAUUUUCCCCAACUAGUUGCUUCAUGACAUUGAGAGAGACGUUAAGGAAACCUCCCCAUUGCAGGAAUAGCUAUUUAUUCAGUUAACUGUUGUUUAAACCAGGGAAUCCCUAUUUUUGCAAACCUCUUAUGACAAUGUCCUAAUUUUAAGAAACUAUGUCAUUAUCUAAAUAUUUAACCAGUACUCUAAAUAUAUGCUUGUCUUUCAUAACAUUAAAAUUUUUGCUUCUUUGAGAUUUGUGGCUUGGCAUUUUUAAUUAUACUAGAUAGUACAUAUUUUCUCAAUAUUUUUUGAGCUAUUUCAUCAGAACUUUUAUUCAAGUAGAUCAAAGAAAACUGAUGUUAGUUAACUAGUUAUGUUAACCAAUUUUUUCUUUAAUUGGGCAUGUAAAAGUCUUCAAGUGUCUUCAUGUGUUGUUCCUGUCUAUAACAUACAAUUUCAUCCUAUCAGGGCCAGAGUGGUUAUGAUCGUUUUUAGUAUGAUAUUGGUGUCUAGUAUUGAUUCUAGCACCUCUUACUGGCUCUGGUGGUUUAAAUGGAUAAUGUUCCCAUAGCCUCGGGUAUGUUUUAAAAUUAAGAAUAAGCUUCUUAUUUAAAUCUCCAGUGGACAGAGCCCUCCUGGGGGAUUGUGCCACUGUGUGUGGAUCUUGAGUCCAGCCCUGAGAUAUGUUCUAAACUAGCUUGAACUCUGGCUGUCUCUUGUUUGUUUCUUUGCUGUGGAUGCAUGUGAAGUGAAACAGCCUCCUCCUCAUGAUGCAGUUUGUUUUGGAAUCUGUAACCCUGAA